AUGUCUGAUAAAUCAAUUCCAACUUUUUUAGAAAAGUUAAAAAUCCAGCUGGCCCAGGUAAUAGAUCCUCCAGGCUUUGGUACUGACGCCCCUACGGCAGAAGGCACCACUACCGAAGAAACAACUGACGACACGCAAACACAGGAUGCUGCAUCUGGAAGCACAUUUAGCUAUGGGUCAAACCCUAUUGGAGAUACAGGUGGUGUUGAGGGUUCCGCUAGCGAUUAUGCUUUUCUUGGAAACACACCAGGGCUCGGGGGACUACCAGCUUUUCCUCCAGCAUUUCUGCCAGAUAUCACCAUUAUUAAUGAUGAAUUAAUUGCCGAUCCUUUAGGGGUUGCUGAUUUAUUUGUAGAAGAAGUUGAAGACACGCCUAUUCCUCUCUUUACUGAAGGCGAUGACGUUGUUGACUUUAACGAUGUUGUUCCUGGAAGCUUUUUAGGAUCUCCUUUAGAUGCUUUAGGAGGUAACGAUAUCGUCACCUUUACAAGCUCUGCUGCUUUAUCGACAGCACUUGGGCUCACAGGCGUUGAAUUUACUGGUGGUCCUGGAAUAGAUCUUCUUUUUGGGGGAAGUCUUAGCGAAAUCUUUAAUGGAGGCCCCGGCGAUGACAUUAUUUCUGGUGGUGCAGGAGAUGACAUCAUUAACGGCGGAGAUGGUGACGACCUUAUCUUGGGAGGCUUUGGGUCUAACAGCUUAUUUGGUGGUGCUGGAGAAGACACGAUUGAUUAUUCAGGGUCUCCAACACCUGUUUUUGCCGAUCUAUUAUCCCUCAAUGCAAACAAUACCUCCUUAGCAAUACCCCCUGUAGAUCAAGAAAUUAAUGAUACUUUGGGAGAAGACAUUGAGAAUGUAAACGGUUCGCCUUUCGAUGACAUUAUUUUUGGCAAUGCGUCCAGCAAUAGCCUCGUUGGAAAUGCUGGAAAUGACUUUAUCGACGGAGGUGGUGGUAACGACAACCUCUUUGGGAAUGCAGGUACUGACGACCUUUUUGGUGGUGAGGGUGAUGAUACAAUCAAUGGCGGCGCUGAUGACGACUUUUUAGACGGCGGCGCAGGAAGUGACACUUUAAAUGGCGAUGAAGGAGAUGAUCAACUUUCUGGAGGAGAAGAUAACGACCUUCUAAAUGGUGGUACUGACGAUGACGAUCUAGAUGGUGGUGCUGGAGACAAUACACUUGAUGGUGGCGCUGGGUCCGAUACAGCCAACUACAGCAUAUCUAUUGGACCAGUUGAAGCAAGUCUUGCAGCAGGGACUUCCUCCGGAAUUAAUCAUGAUGAUGUUCUUGUUGAUAUCGAAAAUCUUGAAGGCAGUGAUUUUAAUGACACAUUAACAGGGGAUUCAGGCAGCAACAUAAUUAAUGCCAAUGAUGGCGAUGACUUGGUGAAUGGAGGCCUAGGUGAUGAUGACCUAGAUGGGGGCGAUGGAUUCGACACAGCAGACUACUCAGAUGCGCCUGGACCUGUAACUGUCAGCCUUGCCGAUGAAACUGCAACAGGUGCUGCAGGAGAUGAUAUCGUUGAAAACUUUGAAGAAGUCAUUGGUUCUGAUUCUAAUGACGUUCUUGAGGGCAACUCUGAGGACGAUAUUUUGAAUGGGGGUCUUGGGGACGAUAGACUCCUUGGAACAGCGGGUGAAGAUACACUUCGAGGUGAAGGUGGACAAGAUACUGUUGAUUAUUCUUCCGCCUCUAGCGGAUAUGUUAUCGACCUUGAAUUUGGCGAAGCCUUUCAAGGGGGCGUAGAAGACGAAUCAUUCGAAAAUCUCGACGCCUUAGAAGGAAUAGAAAAUGCCAUUGGAACAGAAUUUGAUGACUUCAUGUACGGGGAUGACAACGUCAACACAUUUUCUGGACUUGGCGGUGCCGACGACCUCCACAUGAAUGGUGGUAACGACGUCGGUUUUGGUGGAGCCGGAAAUGAUAGACUCUUUGGUGGAGAGGAUGACGACCAGUUAAGUGGCGGGGAUGGCAAUGAUAUCAUCGACGGGGGCACAGGAUCCGAUACAGCCAAUUUCCUUUUUUCUUCCAGUGCC